AUUCUGUAGUUAUCGCGGCUCAAACUUUCACAAACAACGAAGCAAAGAUGCCGCCGGCUGCCCUUGAGUGGGAUAAAGUGACGACAAUUGAGCCGGCGACCCUCCAUCAAUGUGGGAAAGGCCAAGUGGACGAGGUCUUCGACAUGUUCAUUAUGACAGAAGAUUGGGAAGUCAAGAAUAAAACUCCACAGGACAUUGUUCAUGUCUUCAGGGUGUUACAGGCCAUGCUCAAGAUAAAGGAUCGGGAACUUGCUGUUUCCAUCAAAUUCUUUGAAGAUGCUGUGGAAGAAAAUGCAAAAGCUGAAAAUGAACUCCUUGCUAAGGUGUCGAAGCUGGAGCAAGAACGGAAGAACCUCGGCAAUGGACCAGACAGCCGCUUUCUGAGAGACGAGAUCCGGCAGCUUGAGAUCCAACUGGAGCAAAAGGAUAAGGACCUGACCCAGUUAAAGAAAGAAAUGGUCAAGGAAAAGAAAACCAAUGAGGAGUUGGUUGUGCGAGCAGAGACAGCUGAGGAUGAUGUGAAAAAGCUAAAAAGAGAGAAUGAGCAGCUCCAGCAGGACGUGCUCUUCUAUCGUGAAGAGUUGGAACAGAAAGAGUCGGUUCCGUCCAGAGAAGAGAACGCUGAAAUGCAGAGAAAAAUCAACUUAUUGAAACGCCAUAUCUGCCAGAAUGAGGAAGACCUUCAGCGGAUCGGGGAAGAAAACACACACCUGAUAACACAGAAUGAGCAGCUGCAGAAAAGCCUAGAGGAAUCCGUGAAGGAGAUGGAGGCCAUGACCGACGAGUACAACAAGAUGAAGAUUGUUGUACAGCAGACGGAUGCCAUUAUGGACCAGCUCAGGAAAGAGAGGGAUCAUUUAAAGCUGCAGGUCAGAGAAUUAACGGAUAACAUUCAUGGCAUGACUGGACAGGAUGACCCAAUUAUGGCAGCAGUUCAGGCCAAAGUGGAAGAGUGGAAGCAAGUGCUGUCUGGGAAGGAUGAGGAAAUUGUACUGUACCAACAGAUGAUUCGCGAUCUGAGGGAUAAGCUGCGUUCAGCCCAACUGGAUGUGGAGAAGAGCAACGUUAUUGCCUUGCAGCAGGCCAUAUAUGAUCUCUGUGCUGCUGUUCAAGAGCGGGAUAUCCAAAUCAAGACUCUGAGUGAGCAGGUGGAGCAGUAUACAGCAGACAUGGAGCAGCACACUGUUUUCAUUGAGACGUUAAAGACAUCCGUGAAGAAAGACAGAGGUCUGCCAUCAUCCACACAGCAGAGAAAGAUGGAAGAGCUAAAGUCUAAGCUGGAAGCUGCAGAGAGCAGAGCAGUGCAAGCAGAGCAGGUGGUAAAGCUUGCUGAGGCUCAUGCCGAGGAAAAGGACAAGGCACUCAUUGAGACUUCUGUGCGCUUGAGACAGUAUGAAUCUGGCACUUAUGGGCUGGAAGCUGCCAUUGCGGAGAUUAAAGAGUGUAAAAAUCAAAUCAAAGAGAGAGAUUGUGAUAUAGAGGCCAUGACAAAAGAGAUCAACCAGCUUGGGUUGAGGAUCAAUGACCUCUUGGACGAAAACGAGGAUCUCCGAGAAAAACUAGGUCUGGACCCAAAGCAGGAAAUGGAUCUGACAGAAUUCAGACGAGCCAAAUGUCUCAGGCAGCGCCAAUACAAAGCAGAAAAUCAAGUCCUUACAAAAGAGAUUGAACGGCUUGAAGAGGAAAGACUGGACCUAAAGAAGCAAAUUAGACAUAUGGCCAAGGAAAGAGUAAACUCAAGGACAAGCGUUGUCCUGGAGGAAAACAUUGGCUCCGACAGAACUGUGCCACUGAGAAGCACUCACACAGAUGAAGAGAUCAAACACAAGAACGAACACCUGGAAAAAAAACUGACUGAAAAGGAGAUUGAGUUGAGACUUCUGAAGACCCAGUUUCAAGCCAAAGCGGAAGAAUUGUCAAAAGUGAAACAAGAUCAGGAGACUGUCCUGAAAGACUCUCUCCAAGCCAUGAGGAUUAAUCAAGAGGCCACUGCAUCUGAUGGUGCCAUCAUUACAUUGGCUAAUGCAGUAGAUGUCAGCGAUAGGAGUGCGAAGUCUGAAUCAGCUCUGCACCUCAAGUCCCACGUACAUCAGCUGGUGGGGAGAAACCAAGAACUGAGACAGGAACUGAAACUGGCACGUGAGGAAGCAGCAAGCAGCUUCAGCCAACUUGGCAGAGCCAAAGAAAAGGUGAGCCAAGUGGAAGGGGAAUUGGAGCUGCUUAGGAAGUCAGGCAGCACUGGCGUUGUCCUCAGACCUCUGACCCUUCCUGAGGAGCUGGGGCCCAGCAGCACUGAGGUCAUUAGUUCCCUGAAUGAGUACGCCGUUCGACUUCUUCAGGAACAGAAAAACAAGGAGGAACAAAGCAAGACGCUUACUGGAAUGUUGGAGCAAUACAAAGAGAAGUUUUCGGUUAUCAGCCACCAACAGGGACUCCUUUACAAAGAAUACCUAAGUGAGAAGGCUGAGUGGCAGAAGGAGAAAGAGACGUUAAAAGAGGCGAAAGACAAGCUGGAAGAACAAAAGCAAGUGGAUGCUGUUAAAGUUCAAGAGUUUAAUGAGCUGCUUGACACGCUUGGAAAGGGCCCAGAGGAAGUCAGGAGACAGUUGAGUGAAGCAUUGCGCAAGCUGACAAUGCUAAAGGUCAACGAGAAGAAACUGAUGCGCCGCUACACCACCCUGCUGGAGCAGGAGCAGCACCUCCGCAAGGAAAACAACAGACUGAGAGAGGAGAGUAUCCACAUGCAGACUUCUGUCACCCAGAGGAUUGGUUACCUGCAGAGAUAUAAGGAAAUGUCUGCAUAUAAAGUCGCAGCUCUGCAAAAGGCCUUGGACGACAGUGUGCCCUCUUUAGAGCUAGAAAAGGCUAACAGACAAUACACAGAGCUCACAGUCAAAUACAGAGAUGUGCUGCAGAGGGACAGUUGCCUCAUACGGAGAACCACCAACCUCGAGCAUUUGGAGAGUGAGAAUGAGUCUCUGCGGGCGCAAAUCUCUGCUGUGAAUAAAGAGCUGGAGAUCACGAAGGAGAAACUGUAUACUUUAGAGCACGCGUGGGAGAGCAUCAGUUCAACUGGAGGUGAAAGUGGUAUGGAUAAAGCAGGGAAGGCACUGGCCAACAACGAAAUGGUAUCAGCUGCCAGAAGAAUCACCACUCUGGAGAUGAAGGAGCUGAAUGAAAGGCAGAGAGCUGAGCAUGCCCACAAAAUGUAUGAACACACGAGGAGCUCCCUCCGGCAUGUGGAGGAGCGCAACUUAGAGCUGGAAUCCAAGAUUGCAGAGUUGACCAGAAUGAAUGUGGAGGCCCAGAUGAUGGAACGGGAGCUGAGAGAUGAGCUGGCGAACAGCGUCAGUAAAGCUGUCAGUGAUGCUGAUAGAGCAGCGAUUAGAGGGCUGGAGAAAGCCGAGGUCGAGCUUCGCAUCGAAGUCUCCAAGUUUCAAGAGAUGUCUGAUGUGGCUGUGAUGCAGGUGACUGCUCUACGGGCACGACUCAGUUCUAGUGAGAAGGAAGUAGAAGCUUUGAGGAGACAAAUAAUGGACUUCCAGUCGCUGUCCGAUGAGAAAGCCUUCAUUACGCAGCUCCAACAACACAUUGUGGCUCUGCAGAUCAGUGAAUCUGCGGCGAUGGCCAAACUAGAGGCCGCCACCUCUCACGUUCUACAACUCGAGGCCUACAAGCUGCGCGCCGAACAGCGGCUGGACGCCAGCGAGCGCACCCUGUUCCUUGUCCACCAGGAGUGCAGAAAUCGCUCCAAGCACCUACGACAGACCAUUCAAUCACUGCGCAGGCAGUUUGCCGGAGCCCUGCCGCUUCGCCAACUGGAAAAAUUCUCCGUGACCAUGGUGAGCCUCCAGGAAGACAGAGCAAAAGCCCAGGAGGAGAAGAAGAACGCAGAGAAGGAGAGGAGGAGCGCUGAGGGCAAGGCUGAGGAGCUGGAACUGAGGCUUUGUGGGCUGCAGGAACUCAUCUGUACACUGAAGGAUGUGAAAGGAGCCCAGAAGGUCACCGAGUGGCACAAGAAGAUGGAAGACUGUCGUCUGCAGGAGCUGCGCAAAGGUAGGGAACUGGUGGUCCAGAAGGAGGAGAUCAGGUAUCUGAAGAACCUUGUGGAGGAACAGGAGCGAACCAUACGCUCGCUGGAAGAGGACAUUGUGCAGCACAACAUGCUACAAGAAGAACGGCAACUUGCGUGGGAUCAGCGUGAGGUGGAGCUGGAGCGCCAACUGGACCAGCACGAGAAGCACCAGAGUGUGGAAAAGCUUGAUGAGGGUACAGACUCGGGCAAAAUCAGAGAGCAAAGCUACACCAUCUCGGACACACAGGCCACCUGUAAACGUUUGUCUGAGAGGCUGAAAGAGAAAGAAGCAGCUCUGUCGAAGGCAGAGCAAAACAUCGAGUCCAGGGAUAAAGUUAUCAACGAGCUGCGCCUUCGGCUCCCGACCACUGCCACACGGGAACACGUGCUAGCCGACCUCGCCAAGCAUGAAGUGGGCCAGUCCGACAGUCAGCGCGCCCUCAAGCUGGCUCACCAGACCAUCAAAGACCUCCAGCGUCAACUCGACAAAAAAGAAGACGUAAUAAAGAAGUUCCACAAACAAGUCGAACAGGAUCAAAAUGAGAUGAGAGAGAGACACCGCGAGGAGCUCAGAAUGCUGGAGCAGAAGCUGACCUUGCACUCGGAGACCUCCCUGGACCGCAUCAGACAGACGGCAAGGGAGUUGGUACGGAAACCCACUCUCAGAGCGCCGACCUCCGAGCACCUCGAGAGCCUGGCUGAGUUGGAGCAAACGGUGGCUGAGCAGGACCUCUCGCUCUCCUCUUUAACCGAGAGGCUGAAGCUGACCACCGCAGAGCUGGAGCAACACAAGCUCACCAUGGAAACGCAGACUAAGAAACAUGCUGGCGACAUGUCAAAGAUGGAGGAGCACUACGCUGCCCAGCUGAAGGCCCUGGCCGAUGAGAAUGAGGAUCAGAGGAGCCAGAUGGCCCAGAUGGAGAAGGAGAUGAACUACCUUCGCACUGAGCUGGAGGCCCAGAAGGAGGCCAACGUCCGCUCCCCCAGCAACACCAUGAAAAACCUGGUGGAACGACUGAAAGCGCAGCUCGCUCAGAAAGAAAAACAGCUCAAGGGUCUCAGUAAGGCACUGUUGGAGCUGCGGGCAGAGAUGACGUCCGCUGCAGAGCAGCAAGUCCUUGCUGCCGCAGUGCAAAAAGAAGAGGGCCUCAAUGUACAGAAGUUGAUUGACAAACACACCAAAGACUUGAAGGUGCGAGUGCAGGAACUCGGCGAGGAACUUCAAGCUGCGAAAGAGUCUGCAAAGGUGGCCAGAGGUCAGGAGAACACGCUGAAAAAGGAAGUGGACAGCUUGAGCCAGGAGCUCCAGAGGAGUCAAAAAGCCCAGAGACGUGCGCAGGCCGAGAAGGAGGAGAUGGAGCAGGAAGUUCACGAUCUCAAGCAACAAAACAAGAGGCUGAGCAGCACUCUUCAGAAUCCACAAGAACCACAUGGCAAGGGGCUGACCGUUGAGAGUCUGCAGAAGAAGAUUAGGAGGCUCGAGUCGGAGUUGGAGAAUAAAGCGGACAUGAAAAAUGACAGAGAUGAGCGCGGAAAGGCCAAAGAAGAAGUUGUGCGGUGGGAGGAGGGGAAGAAAUGGCAGGGGAAGGUGGAGAAAGUUAAGCAUUCACUGACGGAGAAGGAACGCGAGACCGAGUCACUGUCGAAGCAGCUUAACAUGCUUAAAGAACUCUAUAGCAGGCUGGAGCAAGAGAAGGUUGCACUCCAGAAAAAGCUAAAGGCUCGAGGUGUAACAGCUGACCAGGUGGUGGGGGUGCGAUCCACUGAAAUGGAGAAGGAAAUGGAGGAGCUGAAGAAGAAGAACUCAGACCUGGAGACAGAGAUUCUCACUAUUAAACAACACCAGGCUUUACCUCACCAUGAUGCCAUGGAGAAUCUGAUGCAAAGGAACCGCUACCUUGAGGAGAGAGUCCACACUCUGGAGAGUCAUAUAUCCAAAGAAUCUCUGUCCAGACCCUCUGUAAAAAGCUCCCCCUCCCAGGCUUUGAGAGGGAUUUCUUCUGUCACUUUUGAUGUUGGGGAUGGGUCAUGCGAUUGGAAUGUCGCACCCCAUCCUGCAGAAUUGUCCAAUUGCCCUGCCAGCCCAAAAUGUGCUGAAGGCCCCAUUGGCCAUCAGAGGGCGCCAGAACAGAGCCAGACGGAUGGAGAAUCUCAAACCAGCUUGAAUGGAGAAGAGGAAAGGAACCCUGACGGGGCAGAAAACACAGCAGCUGACAAAACACAUGCAACGGUAGACGAAGGCGCUGAUGUAAAAGUAGAUGAUGACGCUGAUCGCUUUGAAGAUGAUGUUCAAGACAGCCCAUAUGCCUCUGACGUGGCUCAAGAAAGGGAAGACGGCACCUUGCACUGUCAGCCACAAACCACGGAAGAUAAAGAGGCUGAUGCUGACGAUCUGUCGGGGGGACCAGGUUCAGAUCCGUCAUCCUCUAAAUCCGAGGCAGCAGCAACAGGCCAUGAAACAAGUGAAUCUCCGAAUAAAGAGGGUGCUGCUGAACUCCUCUGUCGAGACGCAGAUGAUGGUGUGAGAGUCGGCGCAGAAAAGUCAGAAGAGGAUAGUGAGCAGGUUGACCUGGAAGACGAAGCAUUAUUGACUACAAAGGAGGCAACGGAGGCAGAUAAUCCAGAACAGUCCUGCUCAGCAGAAGCAGAUGUGGACUCCAGGAGCACUCCGAGCAAACAGCUGGGGUUUGUUAGAAGAAAAAGGGACGAGUCCAUACGCAAACAUGAAAGCAGAUGUCCUAGAUAUCUGAAGACUUCAGGACGAGGCACCGGCACUCCCUCGCAGCGGGAUCACGACCUCCAAAAAGAGAACCUCAAGCUCGCCUCUGAGAACCUGGAGCUGCGCUUUAAGCUGGAGCAAAGCAACGUGGACUUACCAAGACUCAAGAAUCAAGUUGCAGACCUGAAGGAGAUAUGCACUGCUCUGAAAAAGGAAAAUGCUGAGGUGAAGAAAAAGCUGGCUCAUGUGCAUGGAGCUGGCCAGAGUGGUAAAACUGUACCUGAACUGGAGAAAACCAUUGGGCUGAUGAAGAAGGUGGUGGAGAGGGUACAGAGAGAAAAUGAGACCCUGAAGAGGUCGAGCACGUCCGCAAAUAAAGACCGAGCCGCUGCCUUGAAGCAAGAAAAUGAGAAACUAAAGGCCGACUAUGAGAAGCUAAAGAGUCAAAGUGAGGCUGAGCUGAAUUCCAAACUGGAAUCCAAAACCAAAGGACUGGAGAAAAUCGUGAUGGAAAACGAACACCUGCGCAAGCGCAUCAAAAGGGAAGCGGAGAAUGCCGAGAGGCUGAGAGCCACCAAAAUGAAUCUGGAGGUGAGUAACGAGAAGCUCGAGGCAAAGCUGGAAGAAACCGACAAACGGCUUCUCGCAGCUCUGUCCUCGCCGCUCACAGAGGGAGCAGACAAGAACUGGAAGGCGUCUGUCGUAACAAGAAUGUAUGAAAACAAAAUGAAGGAACUGGAGACGGCGCUCUCACACAAGACCUCGAGCCUCGCCGAGCUCAAACAACAGCUGAAGGAGGCGAAGGAGCGGGAGGAAGGAGCUCAGACAAGCAUGUGGAGGCUUGAAGAUCAGGUCGACAAGUUAAAAAGCAGAUCUACUGCCUCAGAGAGUGAAACGAGACUCGCCAAAGAGUUCCAGGCAAUGAGGUUGCUGAACACCGAGCUGCAGAAGGAGAACGCGGCUCUGAAGCAAAGACUGGACAAGUACAGUGAGCGCUACGGAGAGGCGUCUUCCAAACUCGACGAUGGAACGCUGGCAAACCUCCUGCAGGCGGCGGAGAGCGAGAAAGCCAAACUCCAAACCGAGGUGAGCAGGCUGACGAAAGCGCUGGAGAGCUUUGACCCGUCGUUUUUUGAGGAGCUUGAGGACUUGAAGUACAACUACAACGUGGAGGUGAAGAAGAACAUUCUGCUGGAGCGAGAGCUGAGGAAAGUGUGCGGUCAGUUUGGUGUCGAGGUUCAAAUGCCCCAUGUGUCCAUCAGUUAACUCGGGGGUCACCGUGACUGGUCACACUACACCCAUAUCAUACAUUUUUAGGCUUUAAAUAUCCACUAGGUCCUUAGCGACUGAGGUCAUCUUCUGCCGUGAUGUUGUUUUAUACGAGACACUCACGAAAUAGUGACGAGUGACUUGUAAAGCAGUUAUUUUCGGUGUAACUGAAUCAUUAGAAUCAGUCUGACACAGUCACUGAACUGAAAUACAGUGGGAGCGGAACGGGGUCGUGAUUUCGGUGGUGCGGACGCUACAUAAACCAGACUCCUCUGUUAAAUAUUGAGAUUUGAAACAUUUCCUUGCUAAAUGUUGGAGAUGAACACGUUUUCAGGAUUUUCAAAUCUACAGUUUGGCAUUGUUCGGUUUGAUGUUGGUGUAGAGUCUAGCCGUGCCGAGCCAAGUCGUGCUGGAACUGUGUCGUGGAAAAGUGCCAAAAGAGGCUCCAAAAACCUUUUUUCAGGUGAUUAAAACAUAGAAUUGCAAAAUAUAAAUGAUCAUAAAAUACAUAUAUGACUUUAAAUAUUUCAAUUUCUGUUGAUACAUUCCACCUAAAUCUAAAUUAUCAGUUAAACCAUAAAAUUCAUAAAAUUAAUUUCAUGUAAGUAGAUUUGAUAUUUAUUGGCAAAUGUCUUUGUUAGAAGAUUGUAAAGUAUAGUAAGGUUUCUUUAGCCUCUUUCUGAAGUUUGUAUAAAUGUAAGAUAUUUCCCUAGUGAUUUAAAGAAUUGUAGCAUAUAAAUAAGAGGUUUAUAUUUGUUAAAAUACAUUGUCCUUCUAUGUGAAUGUCAAUAAAGCAGUGUUGAUACGAUCACGUUCA